AUGGCAACUCCUAUUGAAGCAAACAUUCUCGAUGUCACGGGGCGAUGGCGUCUCAAUCGGUCUUUGUCAGACUCUCUAGAGUCUACUUUUGCUCUGCAAGGAAUUCCCUGGAUAGUUCGUAAAAUUAUCAACUGGGCGGAUCUGGAGCUCCAAUACAUAAAGCUUCCAGUAGAAAGCGACAGAACAGCGACAAAAUUCAGCUUUAAGCAGACCGUUCGACCUGGCGGGUUUGAUACUAAAAAUGAAUACAUUGUUGACGGGAAAAAGCGCACUGAUACGGUGCCCAUUUUUGGCGAAAUUACUAUGCACUGCGACUACGUUGGCCUCCAUGCUCUUACUUCGGGGCAACUUCUUGGUAGGGACAUUGAAAGCGUAGAUGAAGAACAUGCAGCUAUAGUAGAAGUUGUUGAGAGCGAGAAUAUGGGCUGGGUGACGACUACUGUAUGGGGAUUCGAGACAAUUGAUGGGGAGCGACGACUGUGUAAGUACAACACGACGGUGAAGGGUGAUCUUGUCGAGAAAGCUACAAUGGUUCACGAUUACAUUGGGGUACCUGCAGAGUGA